AUGGUUGACGGAGAAUUCUUUGACAUUUCCAUGCGCCGGCACGGGUUUUUGCUAAUUGUUACGCUUGUAAUUUUAUAUCUUACCAUUCGAAGCUCUCGAGAGUCGCAGUACAAGAGAAACGAAAGCGAUGUUCAAUGGAAAAGAAAGCAGUAUGAUGCGCAGCUUUUAAUUUACAACAGGGUUCAAAAAUGUGGAAGCAGAUCUUUGCUCCAAGCUAUUCGACCAACCCUUGACGAUAAUGGAGUUCAAUUUGGAGCGGAAAACCUAGUUUAUUGGCUAACAAAAGAAGCCGAAGCUGAAGUUGUCAGUAAAAUUCAAAAUUUCUCCCAAAAAAAUACCCGGAGUCUAUGGGCACAACACAUUCACUUCCUUCAUUUUAUAGAAAAGCCGAUUCCUCUUUAUAUCAAUCUCGUCCGAGAACCUGUGGAAAGAUUUAUCUCGCAUUUUUAUUUCCGUCGAUUUUUAGACAACGGAAAGAAGAAAGCAAAUAUGGUUAACGGAAUGAUUAACGAAGGGAGCUAUAGGCAAUUCAAUCAAACGGUCAACGACUGUGUUCUUGCGAAUAGUAAGGAGUGCACAGCUCUUAAAAUCUGGAAGUCUGGAAUGGUACCAUACUUUUGUGGAGAUAUGCCUAUCUGCGAGGAACCGUCAGAAGAGGCGCUAAAGAUCGCAAAGAAUAAUAUCGACAGAUCUUAUCUUGUUAUAGGAUUGACGGAAAAUUUUAAUGAUUUCGUAGAAGUCCUUGAAUCUAUGCUUCCUAAGUUCUUUGAUGGUCUCAAAAUUCACAACAGCAUUAUUUAUGAAUAUGCGAGGGGAAAAACUGAGACGAAAAACAAAGAAGCUCAGCAGCCAGCGACAGAAAAUACCCUAAAAUUCUACGAAGUCGAAUGA